AGUUUCUACCGGUCCGUUACCGGCGGAACCACCACGGGCUGUACUAGAAGUUUCUACCGGUCCGUUACCGGCGGAACCACCACGGGCUCUACUAGAAGUUUCUACCGGUCCGUUACCGGCGGAACCAACACGGGCUGUACUAGAAGUUUCUACCGGUCCGUUACCGACCUGCCUUCAUGAACAGCACCACCGGCAGCGGGAGUCAAUCCUGUUUUACCGGUUACUUUAACACAAGUUCCGCCGAGUUCUUCGAGCGAAGACAAAGCCCCGUGGGAGUGUCCCCGGCGUCCCCGGCGUCCGCCGCGGUGUCCCCCGUCCCCCCCCGCCAGCGGAGAUGUUCGGGUGCCUGGUCGCCGGCCGGCUGGUGCAGACGGACGCGCUGCAGGUCUCUCCGGACAAGUUCGUGUUCGACCUGCCGGACUACGAGAGCGUGAACCACGUGGUGGUCUUCAUGCUGGGCACGGUGGCGUUCCCCGCCGGGACGGGCGGCGCCGUGUACUUCUCCUUCCCCGACCCGGCCAGCGGCGCCCCCGUCUGGCAGCUGCUCGGCUUCAUCACCAACGAGAAGCCCAGCGCCAUCUUUAAGAUCUCCGGGAUGAGGGCCGGCGAGGGGGGGGCGCACCCCUUCGGCAUGAUGGCCGCCUCGUCUCUGUCGCCCUCCGUGGCUCAGGUCGGUGAGACAGAUGUCCCGCGUGUCCUACAAGCUAAAUACUGGGAGAGACACAGAGGGGGGGGGAGAGACAGAUGUCCCGCGUGUCCUACACGCUAAAUAC